AUGGUCAGGAAAGCUGCUGUGACCGCCGUCUCUAACAGCAGCUACUCGCAGGGGCAAGCGAAUGGCAGGUUGCCCUCUGUGGACGGCGGACAGCCAGCCCCGGAGGGGAAAGUUGUGCUGAAGAAGAAAGUGACACUUUUGAGGGGGAUAUCCAUCAUAAUCGGCACUAUCAUUGGAGCGGGCAUCUUCAUCUCUCCCAAAGGCAUCCUGAAGAACACGGGCAGCGUGGGCAUGUCCUUGACCGUCUGGACAGCGUGUGGUAUCCUCUCGCUCUUCGGUGCCCUCUGCUAUGCUGAACUAGGAACAUGCAUUAAGAAAUCCGGUGGUCACUACACCUAUAUCCUGGAAGCUUUUGGCCCAUUACCUGCUUUUGUGAGAGUCUGGGUCGAACUACUCAUCAUUCGCCCUGCUGCCACAGCAGUGAUAUCGUUGGCGUUUGGACGUUACAUUUUGGAACCUUUCUUUAUGCAGUGUGAAAUCCCAGAACUUGCGAUUAAACUUAUCACAGCUGUUGGCAUCACGCUGGUGAUGGUCCUGAAUAGCACAAGUGUCAGCUGGAGUGCCCGCAUUCAGAUUUUCCUUACCUUUUGCAAGCUUGUAGCAAUUCUGAUAAUUAUAGUCCCUGGAGUUAUCCAGCUAAUUAAAG